AUGAAGCAGCAAUCCAGCCAAGCUCGGUGUCGCCCACUGGACAAAAAUGAAGCAGAAAAGUUCGACGUCGCCCACUGGACAAAAACGAAGCAGCAAUUCAGCAAAGCUUGGCAUCGUCCACUGGACAAAAAUGAAGCAGCAAAGCUCGGCGUUGCCCACUGGACAAAAAUGAAGCAACGAGAUAAAGUCAACACAUUUUGUGAGUUGAAUGAGAUCCCAGUGCCGGAUAUGAAAGACAAUUGUUUGAUUGGUGGUCAUAGUAGACGUAGAAGGCAAGUCAUCACCAAUUUGCAUUAUUAUCGUGUGGAGAUUUUCUAUCAGGUUGUUGAUUCAGUUAUACAAGAGAUGAAUACUCGUUUUUUAGAAGUUGGCACAGAAUUGCUUAGUUGCAUAGCAUGUCUUCAUCCAAGAAAUUCUUUUUCUGAAUUCAAUGUUCAGAAACUUGUUCGACUUUGUGAUUUAUAUCCUGAGGACUUCUCAACAAAUGAUUGUAUAGUUAUUGAACAACAACUUCAGAAUUUCAUUCAUAAUAUACAACAGGAUCCAAAUUUUUCUGGAAUUGAAGAUUUGGGGAGUUUUGCUCAGAAAAUUGUUGAAACUCUAAAAAAUCAAGCUUAUCCAUUGGUUUAUGGUUUGAUUGAGAUGACAUUAGUUUUACCAGUUGCGACCGCUUCUGUUGAAAGAGUAUUUUCUUCGAUGAAGAUGAUAAAGACUAAUUUACGUAACAGAAUGGGAGACGAGUGGAUAAGUGACAGUCUAGUUGUAUACAUCGAGAAAGAUAUCUUUUCAACAAUUGAAAAUGAGCAAAUAUUACAGCAUUUUCAAAAGAUGAAAAGCCACAUAAUGCAGUUGCCUCCUCUUUCUUAUCCAACGACCACCUGA